AUGGUGCCAGAGGACAAGAGCAUAGACCACAACAGCCUCAAGGAUGGGGCGAAGACACCAUCGGAGGGUUUAAGGGGGGUGGAGGAACGAAUGAUGCGCAGCAAAACACUACAAGAAGGGUCUCUUGCAUGUGACGGAACCCGAAGGUUCCCGGCUGCGGGUAACCAGCCGCAGCAGCAGCAGCAGCAACAGCAGCAGCAGCAGCCCGCUGCUGCUGUCUCAAGACACCAGCAGCAGCAGCAGCAACAGCAGCAGCAGCAGCAACAGCAGCAGCAGCAGCAGCAACAGCAGCAGCAAAACUGGCUGCCUUUGUGUGAAGAACCCUAA